UAAAAAACUGAAGUCCCUAGCUAACUAUAAAAAUGCAGCAAAAAACUAAAACGGAUCAUAAACAUAUUUCGGGCGAGACGAAAUGACAGUGGCGGCUGGGAUUGGUUACGCCUUGUUAGCUUUAGGCCCUUCUCUUUCUCUGUUCGUCUCUGUAAUCUCUCACAAACCCUUUUUAGUGCUCACCGUUCUCUCCAGUACACUGUUAUGGCUCAUGAGUCUGAUAGCGUUGUCGGCAAUUUGGAGGGCUUUUCUUCCGAUUAGGUCGUCGUCCUCAUCUUGGUUGCCCUUUUCGAUUCUCAUAUUCACCUCUGUGGUCUUCCAAGAAGGUCUUCGGAUCCUCUUCUGGAGAGUUUACAAGAAGCUGGAAGAUAUACUGGAUGCUUUUGCGGACCGAGUUUCUAAACCUCGGCUAUUUUUAACAGAUAAGAUGCAAAUUGCCCUUGCUGGUGGUUUAGGUCAUGGUGUCGCGCAUGCUGUCUUCUUCUGUCUUAGCCUUCUAACUCCUGCAUUCGGAUCAGCGACUUUUUAUGUGGAAAAAUGCUCCCAGAUGCCCUUUUUUCUUGUUUCUGCUCUUAUAGCUCUCGUGUUUGUCACGAUUCAUACAUUCUCAAUGGUCAUUGCAUUCAAUGGAUAUGCCGAAAGAAACAAAGUUGACCAGCUUAUUGUGCCUGUUGUUCAUCUCAUUGCGGGGAUGCUGGUACGUCUUCUUUGUCCCUCCUGUUAAACUCAUAUAUUCUAGUGCAAAUGUAUUUUUGCCCGUACAUAUCCCAAGGUAUGUAAUUAAGAUAUUGCAUGCAUUAGAAAGUAGAGUUAAAACAAGUUAACUGGGCCUGCUUGUAUAUUUGACUUUAGACUGAUGAUUCCCCAAAGUCUGUGAUAAUGGCAGAAAACUAAUAAAGUCCUCAGAGUGGAUGCUUAAUGCAAUUCUAGUCCAAAAUUUGGACUUUUUAAAUUUUUAUAUAGAGGCUAUCCAUUUCCAUUGAUAUAGGGAACUGUAAAAACAUUGAUUGAGAGGAGAGUAGAAUUCUAACGUUAUACAUGACAUCCGAAUUCAUUUGUGUACAUUGUUCUUUCUACUGCAUGCUUAGAAUAUUUUGCAGUUUUGAAAUGGAGAAUGUUGAUUGUUGUCUGAUGAAGUCAUUUAACUGUUGAGGUUCUUCUUUCUUUGUCUCUCCAAGACGCUGGUGAAUCUUGCACCUGAGGGUUGCAUCUUUGGAAUUCCGCUUCUCUACUUGAUGGCAAUCUUCACUUUAGUUUACUGUGGAAAGAUGGUUUGGAAAAGAUUGACAGAAAGGGAAAGUAGACCCAGAUUUGUAGCUAAUUUAUCUUAACUGAAUGCGCCAAACUCGAUUUCCGUAUGGGAACUUGAACAUUAGUAAGUCUGUAGCUAGGUGAUUCUUUUAUCUAUCUGAAGGAGCCUGAAUGUUCUUUGUGGCGCCUGAGCUGGAGUGGGGGUGUUUAAGCAUCCAAUAUGAUAAGCUCUACUCUUUCAUUGCUGUACAAAUGUUUCCAUCAACCUUCUUGUAGAAUGUUUAUUCUGUCUCUCUAUCGUUGUUAGAACUCUAUUGUUCUUUUCUUCCUUUUCUUGUUCUUUUUUUUUUCUUUUCACACCUUGACAGAAUCAUGAAUGCCGUUGGGAGUGAAAAUGAUGAGGACACGGCGUCACUUUCAUAUUUAUACAUAUGUUUGAAGUCACAUUCGUUCGGUUACAUAGUGUUCUGAGAAUGUACGGUAAGGAAAAUGAGGUCAAGGGAUUAAUAUAGAGUUGCAAAUGGUGAUCGCCUGUGGUAAAUGCUUGUUCCACACAAACUUUAAGCAUAAGCAUUGUUCAAUUUUGAUGGGACAUGAAAAAUUACGGAUUCUCUUCUCCUCGAAAUAAUUGUCCAAUUUAUAUUUCUAUUGUUGAUAUAAAUUACACUGAAAAUAAAAAUUUAUAUAUCUUUGCUUCUCUCUAAAUGAGCUAAAAUUACGACUUUACAAUUUCGUACAUGGGAAUAUAUUAAAGGUCACUUUUAUGCAGGUUGUGGGCCAACAAAAUGAUGUUAGGUUUGCUUGAGAAACAAACCAAAAUAGAGAUUUCAUUGCAGAAGCGACUCUGCAAUUGACAAUCAACUUUUUUCUUAAAUUCAUCUAUUGCUUUCAUAAUUUGCAUUAGUGAAUUAAAUUUGUAUAAAAUGCAAGUAACAAUAAGAGAUAUUAAUUUGGGCUUACUUAUUAAGAUUUGUUGUAUCAAUAGGUAUCGAUUCGGAUUUGUAAUACUAUUAGUUGGAGUUGUUGAGUUGAAGGCAUGGCAUUAGCAAUAGAUGCUCUAUUGUUGUAAGAGAUUUUUCGUGUUUGUAUAAUUGUAUGCUACUUAUAUGAUGGGGCAAUUUGGCCAUCGCUUGAUUGGGCUUUAAUUUAGUCGGUCCAGGUAUCAAAUAAUAUUCACUAAGACCUAUUUGCACCCAUGUGUAAGGGAAUAUUCUUAUAUUUUUUUUUGGGUCUAUAAAAGGAGCACCCCAAGACAUUUAUUCCUCAUGUUAUUCUCUCUCCAUAUAGCAUUUAGUAGUCUCUCUUUCUCUUUCUAAGACUUCUAACUUAAGUAUUUGAGUGCUAACCCUAUUUUACAGGCAUUUGGGGGAUUAUUAGCACUCACUCGUGGACUGACUCAAGGAUGCUCCAUCAAUUGGACGCUGACUGUGGUGAACGCGGUUAGACAGAAACGUGUUCCCGUUUCUUGAACUCUCUUUUAAUGUUGGAGUUAUACUUCGAUAGUGUCCACGAGACAAAGACCUGAUGAACCACGGGGCAGUCGCCCCCAGGAUCCUGGAGCGACGAAGCAGAUGGUUGCGACCAAGCUGGAUUCUAGGCGUGGCCGCACCGAGAAGCAAAUAAUCGACGCAUACAAAGGAUCCAACCUGCAAAAAGAACUGGAAAUGUCGGAAGAGAGUUACCACCAGUCCACGGGUCGCCGACAAGCAGAAUGACAAACCCAUCGACGACAAGUGGCUAGAAUUUGCUAGGUCGCACCCUGUAGUCUUGGAAUAGUUCCGAGCGUUCUAGGAGGCGCAGUGGGAAGAGCAGCGGGAUCGCGAAGAGGUUGACCCUGAGCGCAGCCUCCAAUAUUUGCUCACAGACCGAGUUGCGACGGACCCCGGACGCCACAAUGCGGCCAAGGCUCCUGUGCACGACCGUCUUGAUCUUCGCCACACAGUCGCUGACAGGCUCGGACUGCGUGUCACAAUUGAUCGCCUUGGAGCCUGCGUCCUCGAGGUCCCUAGUGUGAUCCCUUCUGACCCGCAUCUAGCAGUAAUCUUGGCCGAUUCCUUAAACUCAGGACCCCUUUGUUCGCGUAUCAUGGUGACGGAGAACCUCGAAGGCUUCAAGAUGCUGACCA